AAACGGAGGCGGAUGCGGCAGCCGAGCAUCAGCUGCAUGAAGACGUCAGACAGACCGGAAAUGGACCGCCCUGUGGACAGUCUUCAGUGGAGUAAGCGCAGUAAAAGUAUUGUAAGUGUAUUUUAUAGGAGAAACCUGCAGUUUACGUCGAGUCGCCGAUGAAACACUCGCCUAAAACUUUGUGAAGGUGAUCCAACCUUCAGCUCCACAUCGAUAUAGACCUGAGAUGAAGCUCGGCUGUUCCGCCGGCUCUUCUCCUCCGUCGGUCUAACAUCCCGUUGUCGUCUGCCUCCUGUAUGUGACACACACACACACGUGAACAGCUGAGCGCAUCGUUGUCCUCGCGCGCCUCUCUGACAUGUCUGCGCGAGCGGAGACGACUCCUCCGGACUCGGUCCACUGACACCCCCCAGGCCCCGUCCGAACAACUUGUUCCUGUGUGAGGAUGAUGAGGAGCCGCUGAGAGGACAGGGCAAUCACUGGAAGGAUGAAGAUUUGGACCACUGAACAUGUCUUCAGUUACCCCUGGGAAACAGUGAUCAAGGCUGCCAUGAGGAAGUACCCCAACCCCAUGAACCCCAACGUGCUCGGCGUAGACGUACUGGAUCGCAAUCUGGACUCAGAGGGACGCCUUCACAGCCACAGGCUCCUCAGCACAGAGUGGGGCUUACCGGGUAUCGUACGAGCGAUCCUGGGAACCAACAGGACUCAGACGUACGUGAAGGAACACUCCAUAGUCGACCCAGAGGAGAAAAAGAUGGAGCUGUGCUCGACAAACAUUACACUCACCAACCUCAUAUCAGUGGAUGAGAGGCUUGUUUACAAACCACACCCGGAAGAUCCUGAGGUGACUGUCCUGACGCAGGAGGCCAUCAUUACAGUGAAGGGCAUGAGUCUAAGCAGUUACCUGGAGGGCAUGAUGGUCAGGAGCAUGUCUGCAAAUGCUCGGAAGGGCUGGGCUGCUAUUGAGUGGAUUAUUCAGAACUCUGAGAGAGAAAGUUCCUCUCUGUGACAUUUACUAACACUGAGCUCCAAGUCUGCACUGAUGACGGCUCUCUCUCCUCCUGCUGAGGGUUUCAGCAGCUUCAGAUCCUCUGCAGCUGCUACUUUACUUUUCACCUCACAGCACUUCUCAUGCAGCUGAAGCACAGGAAAGAAGUUUAAAUGCUUCUCAAAGCUUCGUGGAGGAAUAUUUAGCGGGGCCAUUACUUGUAGGAGUGUUUUUCUUUUUCAUUAACAGGACGUUUUCAUCAUCUUAUGGUGACUAUCGAACCUAAAUACUUUGAAUGUCAUUCCUACGGCACAUUUCAUGUAAAGCUACAGCUUAGCUUCAGUUUGGAAAGGCACUUCAUAAAAACGAGAAUGCAUCAGGGAGGUAUGCAGAUAUUUUAUGUUACUAAUAUGCAACAAACUAUGGUUUUAUUUGACUUAAUGUAGUAUUUUUAUAGUAUUGAAAACUAGGGUUCAAACUAGACCAGGGGUGUCCAGUCUUGGUCCUCGAGGGCCGCUGUCCUGCAUGUUUCACGCCUCUUCAAGUUCUGCAGAGGCUUAAUAAUCAACCUUUCAUUCAAACCCAAAAAGUACUACGUGUACAAUUGACUAAACAUGCAAUAAAUAAUACAGAAAUACUAUGAAAAGUAAAAGUAAGAGAGUUUUACUCUGUUGAGUUGCAGUGAGUAGCUGCCAUCUUGAAUUCUGACCAUGCCAACUUUCCAACAAGGAACUCUCACUGGAGGGGUGUUCCACUUUAAACUUCUGGCUUGUAAGUAGGAAACUCCCACUUCCCAGUAUAACUGGGCCUCAGCAAAAGUAGUCACCGAAAAUGCAAUGAAAGGAAGAUUUUAUACAAUUUCACCAGCUACUGUGAACCUUCACCUAGUGGUGGGAUGCAGGUAUAGGGUUAAAAUAAUCAACCUGCAUUAUGGGAGCUGUAGUUUAUGGUCAGUGCUGGCAUUAAAGCAGCGAAUGCUUGUUUAUCUAAGUUCCCUCUGGGAUAAAUAAAGUAUUUUUGAAUUGAAUCAAAUAGAAUUUAAGACAAUAUUAAUGUUUGAAUCUCACCAGGCCAGAUAAAAUACUGAGGCGGGCCACAUUUGGCUGCACUGAUGCAGGGUAGUGGCCCUCCAGGACCAGGAUUGUAGCCCCCUGGUGCUCAUUAUGUUGUUAUAUUGAGGCACAAACUGUAGAUGAGAUGUUUGCAUGACAGAGACAACAGGAAGGAUGAGACGUUUUUUUUUAAAGAAAGAAUUCAAAAAGAUGGGAUCUCAUUGUGAACAUGGCCUUCUUUUCUUUCGACUUUUAAUGUGUGAAAAUCCAAACACGUUUCUCUAAACUGAACUCAGAUUUGUCUCAAACAAGCAGGUUGGAAAACAGAUUCAUGGCAAAGAGAGGCAGCUGAUUAAAAAACUCUCUGGCCUUCAAGUUGGGCGUAUUUACCCAGUUCUAUGGCCUUAAUCUCACACCUGUGUACACGUGUCCUGCCUCUCAUGCUUCCAAACAUUGUGCUUGAUCCACAGAAGAUACCUACACAUCCUGACCAUCAGGACAGUACUGGAUGUGCCAUGGUGCACUCAUUAUGUGCUAAAAUAUAUUUCUGCAUAGAAUUAA